GAGGCUGUAAUUUAACUUGGAAAUUAAAUGGAUUGUGGUGAUUUCCCACUGGGGUUGUUGUAACCCUGUCUGACAAAAGAGGGGGUGAGGCAUGGGGCAUACAUGAAUUAUGCAGUCAUAUAAGAAAUGGAUGCAGUGCACGUCACUUGAGAAUCCAGUAUAAAAGAAGUAGUAGUAUUUUUCAAUGCUUAUCUUGGGAAGCUGGAAGGGGGAAGUUUCUCUGCCUGAAUUCUAUGAAUGUGCAAGGGAAGGGCUUAAACUUUGCUGUUUUCAUUCUCAGCAAGUUGCUUUUGAUUUUUUUUUAAUAUUCUGCCAGAGUCAACCUGAUCAGUCUUCCUGUUAAGGGAUAUUAAGACAGUGUGCUAGUUUGAAGGAGACCAGAAGACCUUACUGCAUUGCUAUGAUGUUUGUGGUUUUUGCUGUCCUCUGUGUAUGGGCUGAGAUGGGAGUCUACUCAGCCCCCUGUGAGACUGUCAGAAUUCCCAUGUGUAAAGAUAUGCCCUGGAAUAUAACCAGGAUGCCAAACCACCUGCACCAUAGCACUCAGGAGAAUGCUAUCCUAGCCAUUGAGCAGUACCAGGAGCUGGUGGACACCAGCUGCAGUCCAGUGCUGAGCUUCUACCUGUGUUCCAUGUAUGCACCUAUCUGCACCUUGGAGUUCCUACACGACCCCAUCAAGCCUUGCAAGUCGGUGUGCCAAAGAGCCAAAGAUAGCUGUGAGCCCAUUAUGAAGAGGUACAACCACAGCUGGCCGGAGAACCUGGCAUGUGAUGACCUGCCAGUCUAUGACCGUGGAGUUUGCAUCUCUCCUGAAGCCAUAGUCACAGAUGUUCCUGAAGAUAUAAAGUGGAUGGAGUUUACACAAGAUGUCAUAGUCCCAGACAGACCACGAAUGAAUCACUGCAAAAGUUUAAACAUAGAACGAUGCAAGUGCAAAACCAUUAAACCUUCGUUAACAAUGUACCUCACCAAAAACUAUAGCUAUGUAAUCCAUGCAAAAGUCAAAAGUGUCACAAGAAGCAAUUGCAACGAGAUAACUACGCUGGUCGAAGUGAAAGAGACCCUCAAGUCUUCAACUAUUAUCCCAAGGUCUCAGGUGCCUCUCAUUACCAACUCAUCUUGUCAAUGUCCCCAUCUGUUGCCCAAUCAAGAUGUUCUUAUUAUGUGUUACCAAUGGCGCUCACGGAUGAUGCUUCUUGAUGGCUGUUUGGUUGAAAAGUGGAAAGACCAGUUAAACAAAAGGUUCAAGAGGUGGGAACAGACAUUGCAAGAACAUCAAGUUAGAACAGCUCAACAGAAGACGAAAAGUAUAAGUCGCACCGGGCGCAGUGGUCCCCCAAAACCAAGCUCAAAACAAGCCAACCCUACCCCUGCAAAUACAAAAAAGAGCAUUAAAACCAAAAAGGACCAGAAAGAUAAACGGGCAUGAGCUGCAAAUCUUUUCAAGCAAAAGACAUUUACAUAGCAUGAUGAGGGUCGUUAGCUGGGAUCAGAAUAUUAUUCUUAAAACCU